AUUGUCACGUCAAACAUUUUGUUUUCUUUCUCAAGUGCAUCAAUUUGACCAAAAUAAUUAAGAAAUUGUUUAUAAGAAGAGUACAAAAUUGCCAACAAAUUCCAUACAUUAUAGAAAAUACUUAUUGCAGUCCUAUGUUAUAAAUUAUAAAAAAAUUGAUCAAGGCAAUGAAGUUGGAUGGGUUCAAUGAUCUACAGGUUUUCUCGAAAAAAGUAAAAGUCUAAUUUAACUUCGGAAUAGUUUAGUCCCUUAGGCAACUAUGAGUGAAAACAAUCCUCUGACACCAGAAGAUGACAGCAGUGCUGUUAUUAAUGAAUUCCAGCGUCUGCAUAGUCCUAAAGUUGAUUAUUCCAGUAUUUGUGGGAAAAAAGUCUUGGUGAGCCCAACAGAAGAACAGUUCGAGCUGCUAAAAAAGAGGCUAGAAGAGCGUACAGUAGACUGCCGUGGUGAAACAAUAUAUGAAAUCGGUAUAGGAGAAGAUGGUAGCGAUAAUGGCUUGGAUGAGGAGGAAUAUCGCGCUUCGGUCGCCACACUGCAAUCUUUAGCUGCAACAAUCGAUGCUGAUGUAGUUUUACUAAGACAGAGGAAAGUAGAAAAGGGUUUGGCAGGACAGUAUUUGAUAAGGAAACGUGUCGAUACUUCAGAUUUUAUGGAAAUUCGUGUUGCAGUGGUUGGCAAUGUAGAUGCGGGAAAAUCUACUUUACUGGGAGUUCUAACGCAUGGUGAGUUGGAUAAUGGGCGUGGACAUGCUCGCCAGCGGUUGUUUCGACACAAACAUGAAAUGGAAACUGGACGCACUAGUUCUGUGGGAAAUGAUAUAUUAGGAUUCGAUAGUGUUGGAAAUGUAGUUAAUAAGCCUGAUCAUGGCACGCUUGACUGGGUUAAGAUUUGUGAAAAAUCCGCGAAAGUUAUCACUUUCAUUGAUUUAGCGGGGCAUGAACGUUAUUUGAAAACGACUGUAUUUGGCAUGACAGGACAUGCCCCGGAUUUCGGAAUGCUUAUGAUCGGGGCAAAUGCUGGUAUCGUUGGUAUGACAAAAGAGCAUUUAGGAUUGGCAUUAGCAUUGUCGGUACCAGUAUUUGUGGUCGUCACAAAAAUUGAUAUGUGUCCUCCCAAUGUUUUACAAGAUAACUUAAAAUUGCUUUUUAAAAUAUUAAAGUCGCAGGGCUGUCGCAAAGUACCGGUUAUGGUAAAAACUCCAGACGAUGUUGUGUUAAGUGCAACAAACUUUGUUUCUCAACGUUUGUGUCCGAUUUUUCAAGUCUCCAACGUUACAGGAGAUAAUUUGGAAUUAUUGAAAAUGUUUUUAAAUUUGUUAACAACCCGAAUGACUGGGCAAGACAACUUGCCUGCAGAGUUUCAAAUUGAUGACACCUAUUCAGUGCCUGGUGUGGGCACAGUGGUUUCUGGAACUUGUCUGCAAGGUCUAAUAAAAUUAAAUGAUAACCUUAUGCUUGGACCAGAUACAUUAGGAAAUUUUAUACCGAUCGCUGUAAAGAGCAUACAUCGUAAGCGAAUGAAUGUCAAAGAAGUGCGUGGCGGUCAAACUGCUAGUUUUGCAUUGAAAAAGAUAAAACGAUCUCAAAUACGUAAAGGAAUGGUAAUGGUUAGUCCAGAAUUAAAACCGCAAGCUUGUUGGGAGUUCGAAGGGGAAAUUCUUGUUCUUCAUCAUCCUACUACUAUAUCUUCCCGUUAUCAAGCCAUGGUACACUGUGGAAGCAUUCGACAAACAGCAUCUAUCAUCAAUAUGUCGAAAGAUUGUCUACGUACCGGCGACAAAGCCCAUGUAAAGUUUCGAUUCAUUAAACACCCCGAGUACAUUCGCAUUGGACAAAGAAUGGUUUUUCGAGAAGGUCGUACUAAAGCAGUGGGGAACGUUUUGAAACCCAUUACAAAUUCUGUAGCUCUGCAACAUCGAUCGAAACCGAAUAAAAUGCAAGGUCGAGGACAAAGCCACGGACAAGGCAAUUCUAAUGCCGUACCACAAAAUCAAAAUCAAAACCCCAAUAUCCAAGCGGCAAUAUUUAAAAAGCAAAUUCAAUCAACAGAUAUAGAUGAGAUAAAACAAAGCUUAGAUGGAAUGAUUGAGACUUGUGUUGAUAAACGCGACACGCGUGGUGCUAAGCACCAGAGACGAAGUUCAUCCCAUUCCUCGGUAUCAGUGAGUGGGUUAAGUGUGGGCAGCUCAUUAAGCGAUUUACCGGCUCAAACAAACAGUUCACAUAUUGCUAUAAAAAAGUAAAAUUACCAUAUUGGCUAUUAUUUGUAUUAAAUUAUUUAUCUUUAUUCCUAUAAAGUGGAUUACUAUUUUUUUCUUUUUGUUAAAUUUUAAAGAUUGGAUUUAAAAAAAUGUAUAAAACAGUUUUGGUUAUAAAAAUAUAUGAAAAUAAGUAAUUUUCGUUCAUUAAUUACUAGUUACUUCAAAAUAAUUUGACAAUUACUAGUUAUGAAUAAACAAAUGAAUUAAA